AUGUCCAACAUCAUGCCUGGCGGUGCCCACUCCUCAAUUGCUCGUGAUACGGGUGUAGGAUUACCCAGUGGUCUGGGCAUCGAUGGUGAAGGCUACGAAAACUCAGACCAAUCCGGGAUGGACGGGUCGCAACUAUCGCCAACGACAUCUAACGAGAAGCGACGAAAGUCAUCCAAGUACAAAAGCAACAAACAUCUUGGUCGAGCAGUCUCAACGCCGCACAUGCGUGAUGGAGCCAUGUCGGACGAUGAUAAGAAGCGCAACAAGUUGGGCUAUCAGAGAAUUUCCAUUGCAUGCGCUCACUGCCGUCGUCGAAAAAUCCGGUGUGUCAUUGCCGACGCUGAUCCACAACAAAGAUGCCAGAAUUGCAUACGGCUGAAGAAAGAAUGCGUCUUCUACCCCGUAGAGCAGCAAAACGCGCUGGACAAUCGUACCGAGUCCUCGAGUAAAGCAGUCACUGACUCGGGGCCAUCGUCUGUCGUUUCUGUGUCCCCGCCAAAUAAUGCUACGGACCGGUCGUUCGAGAGCACGCGAGAGUUUCCUCCUUUCGCUGCGCUGCCUUCAAACGCUUCCUCUACGUUCCAGGGACUUCCUCUGGAACCAGGAAGCGCAAUAUUUGGCCAAGGAUAUGCUAUGAAGGACUAUACAUACCGGAGCGACGCGUACGGCCGGACAUGGCCGUCGACUACCUCAAUGGUCACCGACAGUAGCGAUACGACUUCAGCCUCGUCUUACUCCAGAUAUUCACACGCGCCGAGCGUCAAUGGUGACUUUUCUCCCUUUCCGGCGAACGAGCCAGUGCAAACAUCGCCGCACAAUCCUCACCCACCGUCAUUUGAUUAUGCAAUGGGCAGAAACGAUAUGAGCUGGCAACCGCAGUCGCAUCAUCAUCAUCAACAUCAUCAACAACAACAGCAACAGCAACAACAGCCUCCAUUACGAUCAAUGUCAUACGGCCAUAUUGACCAGUCACAAAACAAUCACGUGCCAUAUACGCCAUCCUAUCCGGCAAUCGCGAGAUCGCCUAUGUUAGCAAUGCAAUAUCAACCACCAGUCCUCCACACCCAAGGCAUGCCACCAAUGAGUCAACAGCUCGCACCCCAUUCUGCACCCGUCGGGACUGGCAACCCAGCAUUCGCGCAGCCUUUGCCUUACGCGUUCACACAUCAUGCGGAGGCUAUAGAGACCAACCACGGAGCGGCGCCAAUGGUCAGCCAGGCUUUCGCGAAUCCCUGGUACAACGAGCGACCUGGCUUUGCGAGCCUGACAGAAGAGCUGGACAGUGAUGAGGGUGCUACGCGUCGGAGGUGA